AUGCUCGAGAUCUUGUCAUACUGGUCGCAAGUGACCGCAAGUCUCUGGUAUGGUCCCGAGAAACAGACGACGGAGGAUGCCGAAGCCAAUAUUCUCAUAAAAAAGCUCCUGCAUAUUUAUGCCCAAUUGGCUGCUCGCACAGAUCUUCGGCCAUGCAGUGAAGUAAAUUCCCUCUUCUCCGAGUUAGUGGAGGUCUGUACCCAGACCAUUAGUGACAGAGUCACCAAUCUGGUAUUGGAAAACCCCCGGAUAAGGGAGAUAAGAGUCGAGUUCCGCAGGCUAUGUUCGCAGGCAGAAUGUCACCUGGAGUCAUACUGGUCCGAUCGGAUCGCGGGAGAUGCCACUAGUACGGAGAAAGAAGUAAGCGCGCGUUUGUCGGAGUUUCCCUACUUCAGCAACUACGUUGACCUCACGCGCAUGGAGUUAUCCGCCAUGUGCUCGGCGGAGCAAAAACCCGUGAAAAAAAUAGCCUUCAUUGGAUCCGGACCAUUGCCUCUAACAAGUUUAUGCCUGACCGGCACCCUCUCUGACAUUCCGUCGGAGAUUAGCGUCCUGAACAUUGACAACAAUACGCAAGCCAUCUCAGAAUCUACUUGUCUCUACAAACGUUUAGGUACAAAGGCAAGGGGGAUGGAAUUUCAGUGUGGCGAGGCACAGUCAGCGCUGGAUCUAGGCGAGUUCGAUGCAGUAUAUCUUGCUGCGUUGGUCGGAAGUACGCAGGAGGAAAAAGAAGCGUUGUUAGAACAAGUAACCAGUCGAAUGCGGCCGGGCGCUUUGCUGAUGAUCAGGAGCGCAGACAGGUUGAGGCGUCUGAUGUACGCAGAUUUUGACCCCACGACAGAACGAGUCUCUAAAGUGUUAGACGUGGUGCUGGCGGUACAUCCAUAUAAUCAUAUCGUGAAUUCAAUCAUAAUUGGGAAGAUAAAGCAAUAG